AUGAUAAGCAAGAUGACUCCUAAGUGUAUUCUCAACCUCAAUACCGCUUCCAGAUGUUUUGUUAAACUCCAGGGAACGACAAUUCCAACAAAGUCGUUCGCCUCUUUCAGCAGAUCGCAAUAUUCCUACGCUGACAAGUACAACCAGAAGGACCUGAACAAGACUCCUGAGUUCAGAGAGACUGUCAGCAAUAACGGCGGGGCCGGCCUUGUCGAACAUUCUUCUAUGACGAUUAUCAAGAAUGCCGGUGACGCUCAUCCUUCUUACAACGACCAUAUCUCUGCCCACAAUGGUUUCACGCCGCUUGUGUCGGGCAGCGGCGCAGUCAGUGGACAUGGAUUUAUUUCGACGGGCGAUAUUCAGGAAUAA